UAAAGCAACAGUAUUUCCUUUCUAUUUUAAUAAUGUAUAGCACCCAUUAAUAGAACACAGCUGUAACGUAUGUGGGUGUGUGUUUCUUGGUGCUAUCUUUCUUUAUUUUUUCAUAAAAUUUUAAAAAUAUAAAAAAGGGAAAAACAAGAAAGAAAAGAGAAUAGAAUAAAGUGGAGGGAAGUUGCUGAUAAGGGAAAGCAAAGAAUAUUAUUAUUGUUUCUUACUCAUAAACAACAUAAAAGAGGGGGAAAAAAAACAGUAGUACAUUUUUUGCUCUGUGUGUGAAGUGGAAAUGAAAAUGCAUAAGUGUUAUAUGGUUUUUAUGCUGAGUGUAUUAUGUGUUAGUUUGUCUAAGGCUUCUGUUACUUAUGACCAUAGAGCAAUUUCCAUCAAUGGACAAAGAAAGAUUCUUAUUUCUGGAUCCAUUCAUUACCCAAGAAGCACUCCUGAGAUGUGGCCAGAUCUUAUUCAGAAAGCUAAAGAAGGGGGUUUGGAUGUGAUUCAGACUUAUGUUUUUUGGAAUGGGCAUGAGCCACAACCUGGUAAAUAUUAUUUUGAAGACAGGUAUGAUCUAGUUAAGUUCAUUAAGCUAAUCAAGGAAGCUGGACUUUAUGUUCAUCUCAGAAUUGGCCCAUAUGCUUGUGCUGAAUGGAACUUUGGGGGAUUCCCAGUUUGGUUGAAAUAUGUGCCAGGAAUUAGUUUUAGAACAGAUAAUGCUCCUUUUAAGGCUGCCAUGGAAACAUUCACAACGAAGAUAGUGAGUAUGAUGAAAUCAGAAGGGUUGUAUGAGAAUCAGGGUGGUCCUAUUAUUUUAUCUCAGAUUGAGAAUGAAUAUGGGCCAAUGGAGUAUGAAUAUGGAGACCCGGCUCGAGCCUAUUCAAAAUGGGCAGCUAAGAUGGCGGUGGGCCUAGACACCGGAGUUCCGUGGAUCAUGUGCAAGCAAGAUGACGCCCCUGAUCCUAUGAUCAACACUUGCAAUGGUUUUUACUGUGACUAUUUCACCCCCAAUAGAUAUUUCAAGCCAAAAAUGUGGACCGAAGCGUGGUCAGGAUGGUUCACUGAGUUUGGAGGAGCAGUUCCUUACAGACCAGCUGAAGACUUGGCAUUUUCCGUUGCUAAGUUCAUUCAAACUGGUGGAUCAUUCAUAAACUAUUAUAUGUACCAUGGAGGAACCAAUUUUGGCAGGACUGCAGGUGGCCCGUUUAUUGCCACAAGCUAUGACUACGAUGCCCCUUUGGAUGAAUUUGGACUAAAAAGGGAAGCAAAAUGGGGACACUUAAAAGAUCUGCACAGAGCAAUAAAACUAUGUGAGCCCGUUUUAAUAAACGGAGACCUUUCUGUUAUCUCACUUGGGAACUAUCAAAAGGCAUAUGUUUACAAGAACAAAACCGGAGGCUGUUCUGCUUUCCUUGCAAAUGAUGACAAAUCUGCUUUUGCAAAAGUGAACUUCCAGAAUCAGCAUUAUAAUCUGCCUCCUUGGUCCAUCAGCAUCCUCCCUAAUUGCAAGACCACUGUGUAUAAUACAGCCAGGGUAGGUGCGCAAACCACAUUAAUGAAAAUGACUCGAGAACCGACAGGAUUUGCUUGGCAGUCAUACAAUGAUGAGACAGAAUAUUAUGAUGAGGAUACCUUUGGUACAGUUGGAUUAUUGGAGCAGUUAAAUGUGACUAGAGAUGCUUCUGAUUACUUGUGGUACAUGACUGAUGUCAAGAUCGACUCGAAUGAGCGCUUCUUGAUAAGGAAUGAACAACCCACACUUACUGCCUUAUCUGCUGGUCAUGCUUUGCACGUUUUCAUCAACGGUCAACUAUCAGGAACCGUCUAUGGAAGCCUAGAAAACCCAAAGAUAACUUUUAAUAAUCCUGUCAAUCUAAGAGCUGGGCUUAACAAGAUUUCGCUGCUAAGCAUUGCUGUUGGUCUUCCAAAUAUUGGUCCACAUUUUGAGAGGUGGAAUGCUGGUGUUCUCGGUCCUGUUAUGCUUUCUGGUCUAAACGAAGGGAGGAGAGACUUAUCGUGGCAGAAAUGGUCUUAUAAGGUUGGACUUAAAGGCGAAAUUCUAAGUCUUCACUCGCUCGGUGGUAGCUCAUCCGUUGAAUGGGUUCAAGGUUCUUACGUGGCUCAAAAACAACCGCUAACGUGGUAUAAGGCGAUUUUUGAUGCUCCGGCUGGGGAGGAACCUUUGGCAUUAGACAUGAACAGCAUGGGUAAAGGUCAAGUAUGGGUAAAUGGGCAAAGCAUUGGACGUUACUGGCCAGCAUACAAGGCCAUUGGUUCUUGUACACCCUGUAACUAUACAGGUUAUUACGACGAGAAAAAAUGCCUGAGCAAUUGUGGUGAAGCGUCACAGAGAUGGUAUCAUGUACCUAGAUCUUGGCUAAAUCCAAGAGGAAACCUAUUGGUUGUGUUUGAAGAACUAGGAGGAAUACCGUAUGGGAUAUCGCUAGUUAAACGUGCUAUAUACAGUGUGUGCUCUGAUAUCUACGAGUGGCAGCCCUCCCUGAAGAACUACCAGAUGCAAGCUUCUGGUGAAGCGAAGAAACCAUUAAGACCAAAAGCUCACCUUUCAUGCAGCCCUGGUCAGAAGAUUUCCAGCAUAAUGUUUGCUAGUUUUGGCACCCCUGAAGGGGGUUGUGGCAGUUUUAGGGAAGGUAGCUGUCAUGCACAUAGCUCAUACGACAUUUUCAACAAGGUCUGCAUUGGCCAAGAAUCUUGUGCGGUGGCAGUAUCACCUGAGGUAUUCAGAGGCGAUCCAUGUCCGAAUGUAAUGAAGAAACUAUCAGUGGAGGUCAUUUGCAGCUGAUUAGUUGAUAGUUUAGAAUAGCUUGAAGCUUUUCUGAUCCUUUUGCAGGGGUUAUUUUUGAGAUAUACAUGUGUUAGGUUCUUUGGUGCUUGUGUUGGAAAUUAUUUAAGAUGACCAUUGCUUUUGCGAAGGGUGAAGUUGUACAGAUAUGCAACACACCAUUUUGGUCCAAAAGCAUUAGUUUUGAAGAACAUUGUAUAUAGAAACGGAAACAAACGUUUCAAGAAUGUCUCUUAAAAAGAGCUUUGUUUUCGAAUGGUAAUAUUAAAGACGCACUGAGGCCGAUAACAAGCCCAGAUGCUCAAGUUGA